UAGCUUAGCUUCAGAUCCACUCCGCCCCACUUUCAAUGGGUUGCUGAGCAACGAUAGUCAGGUGACUGUCUGCAGACAGAACAUGGCUGACCUGUCAGAAGACCAAUGAGGGAAAGGCCAAAUUUAGCAUAAUCGAUCUUAUUUUUUACGUCGUUUCUCACCACGGUUGACCGUCGUGGACAGCAUUUAACCAGAGGUAUUCAAGAUGAGCGGGUUGCCGGAGGGUAUAGCAAAUGGCCCAAGCAGAAGUGAACAUUUAGAGAAAGAUGCUCAAAUUUGGGAAAGACCCUGGACUCUUGAAGAGAUGCGGCAGAACAGUGCCAACUGGUCCUUGGCAGCUGACUCAGGGCUCUUCCUGUUCCUCCAAGACUUCUCCCAGAGAAUGCUGUCAAAGACACACGAGAUUGAAAAGCAGUUGGACAGUCUGAUCCGCGACACCAAGGCCACAGACAGCUGCUUACACUCUGUCUUUAAUGACUUUCUCAUGCUUUCCAAUACGCAGUUUAUAGAAAAUAGAGUGUAUGAUGAAGAGGUAGAAGAGGCUAUUCCCAAGGCUGAUGUUUUGGAGAAGCAGCCUGAGCAGGAGAAGACUCGAGAGCAGAAAGAGGCCGAGCUGAUCCCUAAGAUGCAGGAAGCUGUAAACUACGGUCUGAGAGUUCUGGAGUCGGCCUUUGAGCAUCUGGACAUCAAAGCAGGAAACUCUGACUCAGAGGACGAAGAGGUCGCAGACAAAGUGGAAGCCAUCCUCGAGCCUAAGGAUCUAUAUGUGGACAGGCCACUUCCAUAUCUCAUUGGUUCGCAGGCCUUCAUGGAACAAGAUGAUGUUGGACUUGGUGACCUCUCAAGUGACGAAAUGUCCGUUGACAGUGACAGUGACCGAGACAGUGUCAUUGAGAGCGAAGAUGGCAAAGAACAAGUUCAUUCAGAUGAGGACUUUGAUCAGGAGGAGGACGAAGGUCACAAUAACAUUAAGAAGAAAUCAUCCAUGUUGAGUUAUGAGGAUGAUGAAGAGGAGGAGGAGGAGGAGGAGGAUUCUGACAUAUUUGGAGAAUCAGACAGGGAUGAUGACGACGACUCAAAGAACACAGGCCCAUCGUCUUUUGCCGAUGAGCUGGCGGCCCGAAUUAAAGGUGAACCAGUCAACAAACCAGAAGGAGAUCGCGCAUCAUUGACAUCUAAGAAGAAAAGUAAAGGCAGGAAAGAACCAAAGCCUGCAAAGCCACAGGCAGUUGAAGAGGACAGUGAUGACAUGUUUAAGCCACCAAAGAUGGAUGACGAUGACUUCUCGCCGUUCGGAGGAAAAGGUGGCCUCUUCAGUGGAGGGAGAGGCCUCUUUGACGAUGAUGAUGAGGGUGAUCUUUUCUCGGAGGCACCAAAACCUUCUGUGUCCCAAGAGAAAAAGGUGCAGAAUGAAGGAAUGAAAAGCACAGCUCAAACUGCAGAAUCGGACAAACCUGGAAAGAAGAUUCCACCGGGUGCCAUUUCAAUAUUCCCAGAUAACAGCCUGUUCAGCUCGGGGAAUGACUCUGAAUCGGUGGAGAGCAAGGAGAAUAGAACUUCAGCUCCUAAGACCAAUGCUGCCUCCAAACAGGUUCCUGCAGGAGCUGGUGUAGGUGGAGGUGGGCUAUUUGAUGAUGAGGACGAGGACGAUGACUUCUUCAGUGGUAAAAGCCUGAAUAAGUCUGAAUCUGCUGGACAGGAGAAACCCAAACCCAAGAAAGCUAUUGACCUUUUCGAUGAUGACGAUGAGGAUGGUGACAUAUUCAGUGCAAAGUACAGUGUGCCAACUCCAGCGCAGAGCAAGAAGGAGGGAGUGGAGGAGCAGGUUAAAUAUCCUGAGAAAAAGAAUGGGCCUGCUCCAGAUCCCGGGAAGGUGACUCAGAAAGCCCAGGCCAAAGGCCUCUUCUCUGAUGAUGAAGACACACCUGGAUUUCCAAACAUCCCCAAAAGCCAGUCUAAGCCUGAACCUACAAGCCAGGCCAAAACCAGCAAAGCGCCUUUGUCAUUAUUUGAUGACGAGGAAGAAGAGGAUCUGUUUGCAUCUGCAGCUAAAUCUAAACCUAAACCUAAACAGGCUAAAGCCUCCACACCGCAACCCAGUAAGGCUGUGUCCAGCUCCCUCUUCAGUGAUGAUGAGGACCAGUGGAUGAGUUCUAAAAGUAGUGCUGUAAAACCAGAGGUUAGGACAGGUGGGAUGAAGUCCAGUGCUAGUGCCCCCUCCAGUCUCCCCAGUGCCAAAACGUCUCAAAAAAGCAGCCUCUUUGACGCUGAUGAUGAUGAUGAUGACCUGUUUGCUCCAACAAAAGAGUCGAGUCAGAAGAAGCCUCAGAGAGUUGCUCUCUUGUUUGAAGACGAGGGCGAUGAUGAUGAAGAAAAGGGAUCCCUUUUUGGCAUCAAACAAGCUGUCACCACAAACGCUGCCGCUCCAGCUGCUAAAACACCUGCUUUGGCCUCUCAGUCGUCCUCCCCGAUAGAAAAAUCCGAAGAGGUUGAGGUUUCUAGGACGGCAGGAGAGGACAAGCCUUCAGAGCAGGAGAAGUCAGUGGCAAAGACCCCUGAGCCGCUCCCGUCAUCGCCAUCACCAGAGAGCAGUGAAAGUAAAAAGAAGUCUGCUGGAGCCAUCGGUCUUUUCGGAAGCAUCAACGCUCUUGCCAGCAAGAAGGCAAAGAGCCCGUUGGAUGAAGUUGACAAUGAUGAUGGCUUCCUCUCUAAGGAGAGCCCGCCACCAAAUGUUAAGAAGGAGGAGAGGAGGGAAGAGAAAGUCAAAACAAACGCUGUUAGCCUAUUUGAUGAGGAGGAGGAGGAUGAAUCCGAUUGGAAUGAUCCCAUAUUCGCGCCCAGUAAACCCACAGCAAGAAACACACUAAAGUCUUUACAGCCUACAGAGGAGCGGCCACAAGCAAAGAGCACAGGUGUGUUCCAGGAUGAGGAGCUGCUGUUCAGUCAGACGCAGCAGAAGGACAAUGACCCAGAUGUUGACCUCUUUGCCACCUCAGGAAAAGCUGCAAGCUCCAAGCCCAGCUCAGCAAAGUCAGCAGCACAAAGUCUGUUUGCAGAUGAGGAUGAGGAUGACCUCUUUAGCUCCAUCAAGCCAAAAGCUCCUCCUCCGAAAGUAGCAGAAAAACCCAGUAAACCUAAUGACAGAGCACCACUAGCAAGUCCAGAAUCUGUAUCAGAGAUUCAGAAACCUGCACCAAGCCCUGUAAAACCUAAAGAUUCCUCAUCAAAGAUUGGGAAACUUCAAGCCAACCUGAUGAUCAACCCUGCUGCGUUGCUCCCUGGUGCUGUGCCCAGUAUGCCAGGCGCUGUAAAUGUACUCCCUGGCAUGGGUCUUAGUUCCUCCUCUGGUGUGUCCAGUUCCAGCCAGAGCCCCAGCCCUGCCACAACUCCUGUAGGAGCCCAGACAAACAAGGAGGGAGGAGUGAGCUUUGACUCCCCAGUCCAGGUUACAACACUGCAGAGCGCACACAAGAGCCGUGCCAAAGGUUCUGUACAGCGGAGACCCCAGUCCAGAGCAGCGAGGCAGCAAGCAGCCCAAAGAUCUAUGGACAAUAAUGAAAAGACCCUGGGUGGACGUGUUCCUGGGCCAAACCCAAGUCUGUCUGGUUUAGCCUUACCUCCAGCAGACAAGUCCAGCCAGGCGUCUGCCAGUCCGACACUACCUAACUCCGCUGCGCCCACAGCCUUGAUCGCCUCCUUACCUUCUCAAUCUUCUCUCUCUGAAACCUCCCCCAAACCCUUUGUACUGACUCUGCCAGUAUCCACAAGCGCUGGAAAGAAAGACUCUAGUAAAGACAGCAUCAGUACCAAGGUGCUACCCCCUUCUGAUCAGGAUGACCUUUUUGGCUCUGACAGUCUGUUUGGGGCCACCUCAGUCACUAACACACCCUCCACCCUCCAAACUACCAAGACUACACAACCUCAGGCCGGUAGCAAUGCAGGAUUGAAGAAAGACAAAGACAAAAGCACACUCCCGUCCAUUUUUGAUGACAACACUGAUGACCUUUUCCAAAAGGUCAAGCCAAGGUCAGCUACUAAGAAAACCAAGGCUUCGUCCUUCUUGGAAGAAGAUGAUGAUGAUGAUGAGGACAUCUUUGGAGUGAGCAACAGCUCCACUCCCACAUCCACAAGUAGUAAAGAAAUCAGCAGUAGUUUUUCAAAGCAGGACAUCUUCCAGGAUGAAGUAGCCACUGUGCCUAAAGUUCACAAGAAGCACAAAGAGAAGACCAUCGAUGCCAGCUUGUUUGAUGACAACAUAGAUAUUUUUGCUGACCUGACGGACACUUUAAAGCCAAAACAGAAGUCCAAGACAAAGGGAGAGACCAAAUCAAUAUUUGAUGAUGACAUGGAUGACAUCUUCUCACCAAGCACAGUAAAACCAGUCACCAAGGCUCCCCAUAAAGCAAAGAAAACGCCACUGUCUCAGGAGACCAGUACAGCAGCGGAUUCAAGCAACAUAUUCGAUGAUCCAUUAAAUGCUCUUGGUGGGAAAUGAACAGUUGUUUCUGAGUAGCCAGAUUUGUGAAAUUGUGGAUUCAUUCUUUUGUCAUUUUGGAUCGCUGAAAGAUUGGAGAUCGGAUACACUGUUGAUAGAGUAUUUAUUCAUAUGAAUUCAUAUAAAUACUGUGGCGUGUUUUCGGCAGAUAAAGACUUAAAUGAAAAUGAUUUCAGUCAUCUUCCGACAGCACUUUCAAAUCAUCUCGGCAUCAGAUCAUAUUAUGUAACAGUUAUUAUGUACUGGUAAUCUUUAUUAUACAUGAUAGCACUUUAUAAGCAUACCAUAUGCUUUGCCUCAAAACCUGCCGAAAUUAACAGUAAAUUGUUUGUUUUGAAGAUGUUCAUCCUUAGGCUUUUCCAUGUUGAGAUUUCAUUUCUUUGGGUUUGUCACAUAUCAUUAUUAUGAGAAAUCAGUGUGUUUACUUUAACGUCUUAGGCAUUUUGACAAUGUUUUUAUUAAUAAGAAAUUCAUCAAUUUCUUAACUUUGCCUGUGAUUAAAAAGGAUAUUCAUUUUUAAUAACUAAAAAGAAACAUAUUUUAUGCUAUCUGAAAUGAGUGUGAUUAUUUCUGUGGUGGAAAUUGUAUUCCUGGUGAGAGGUUGAGCAAAUAAUUGAGUUACAACUAA